CGCUCCUCCUUCCUUUCUCCGGCUCUUCCUCCCUGUCUUUUGCUUCCGCCGCCCUCCUCUUGCACGCCACCCGCUCAACCCAGGGGCUAUAAAUUUCUUAGCUCGCCCUCAACGGCGGCCUAUCCACCGCGACCUCCCGGACAUUCUUGCUUUUCUUUUUUUUUAAUUCGACGGUACGCGUUUCCUCGACUUUCUAUUCGGCCCCGCUUCCGCCCCCACCCCCGGCCAUGCUCCGCCAAACGCUCGUGUCGCUCUCGUCGUUGGCCGCCUCCGCGCCUAUCGAGGUCAUCACCACAACCUUCAUCUUCGCCACCCUCGCAUACUUCCAGCUCCUCCACGCGAUCAAGGGCUCCGAGUUUUUCAACGUCCCCUCCGUCUCCCCGCCGUCCCGUCCCGCCCAUUUCGUCCGGCUCGCCCACCAGCCCAGCUCUGAAGACGCGUCCUACAUCCUCCCCAGCUCACACGGUGUCGCCGGGAGCAGCUGGGUAGGCGAUGUCGAGUCCAAGCGCGAAUGGACACCCAUCUCGCCAUCCGAUUUCCGGAAAAUCCUCGAACAGAAUGCUCUUGGUGGAUACACCUUUCCUAUCGAGGCGGGCGGCAACACUUCUGGUGAAAAGGCCAGCGUCGCGAUCGUCAAGCAGCUCGUCGUCACCCGUGACGGCGCACAGGAGCCAAUUGAUGAGUUUGAACAGUGGUUAUUAAACGAGCUGAGUGUUGAAGUCGACGGGGAAAAGUACACUUAUCGCGACUUGUGCUUCAACACCUCUGACCACCCUUCGUUCGUCCCUCACCCUCUCUACCCUUCCCAAUCCACCCUCACCAUGUUCCUCCAACCGCCUUCCCCUUCAGACCCUACUCUCACCUACCUCAACAGGCUUAACCGCCUUCCGGCGUUUACCCUCUCAGACUCGACCACCGCUUUCCAACUCUUGCCCCCAUCGGGAGCAAACUGGGGUUUCUUACCCAGUAUCGAUGGUGUCGGUUUAUUUUCCAAGCUGGGCGAGGGAAUGAUCUCCGGUCAAGGGGAGAGUUACCCCAUGCAAAACGUCAGGUGGUUCGCCUAUGCUGCUAGAGCGUUGGUCGGCAGGUUCUGGACUUUGGCAAAGAAUGCCGACUCUGCCGAUAUCUUUGUCGUGCUUCUCGGCUACAUUGUCAUGCACGGUGUGUUCGUCAACUUGUUCAUCGGUAUGCGCAAACUCGGAAGCUCUUUCUGGAUUCCCGUCGCAACCCUCUGCUCAUCGACAUUCGCAUUCCUCAUCGCCCUCCUCUCUGCCUACCUCCUCGACCUCCCCGUCGACCCCAUCUGUCUCUCCGAAGCGAUCCCCUUCCUCGUCAUCACAGUAGGCUUUGAUAAACCCUACCACCUCGCCAAAGCCGUCUUGCAAAACCCAGAUAUCGACCCCGUCCCCUCAUCUCCCGAGCCUUCUAUUGCUGGGUACAGCGGCGAACUCGCAAAAGAUCCCAAAUCUGGCUCUAGUUUAGGCCUUGAUCUUGGAACUUUGCACAAGGAACUUGCGCCUCUUGAGCGUCUUCAGCGACUGGCGGAAGGACAGGUCAAGUGGGUCGCCCCUGUGGCUGCCAAGAAGAUUGUAGUCGACGCUGUGAAGACGUCGGGUGUGAGGAUUGUUAGGGAUUACGUUUUGGAGAUCAUUGCGCUUUGCGUCGGUGCAGCUAGUGGGAUCGGGGGUCUGAGAGAAUUUUGCUACCUUGCCGCCUUAAUCAUGGCCGUCGAUUGUGUCUUCCUCUUCACUUUUUACGUUGCCAUCCUCAGCGUCAUGGUCGAAGUUCAUCGUAUCAAGCUUAUUCGAGGUAACCGCCGGGUCAAAUCCGUCAAGCGUGUCUCCAGCUCUGCCUCUCUUAAUGGCCACGCCAACGGUAACGGCGGCACUACCAACACCAGCAGCAGCACUUCCAGCCCCUCCACUAAACGAAGCUUUUGGUCUCGCUCCCCCUCCAGCGAGAGAGAAGACCAACCUCAAAACCCUGUUGUCCGACUAAAACUUCUCUUGAUCAUCUCUUUCCUAACUCUCCACGUUCUCAACCUCUGUACGACUCUCACCGAGCAAACUGCCUUGAAACGUCACUCCACCCAUUCCGGCGCUGAAAUCACCUCUCGCGCGAUGCUCAACCCCCGCGGUAUCUCACUCUCCCCCGUCCUCCAGGCGCUCUACGAGAGUCAACCCCCCGAAACCGACUUGGCCGUCCAAAUCAUGCCCCCUACCCAAAUUCUCAUGACAAGCGAAACCUUGAUCCCCAGCCGCUUGUCCUCCUUCGACCACUUUAUGAGCGAAUGGACGUUACUCGUGGGUGAUCCCGUGCUGAGCAAGUGGAUUGUCGUCUUCCUCGCAAUCAGCGUAUUGUUGAAUGGGUAUCUCUUAAAGGGAAUUGCGUUGAAUUCAAUGGGCGGCAAAGGGCCAGUGGCGGCGGCGGCGCAAGCGUUAGCUGGGAUCUUUGAUGCCGAGCGAGGACAGAGGGCUCUUCGAGAGACUACCCCACGAGGGAGGAAGAUGGAGUUGUCUGCGCACAUGGUCGGUACAAAUGCAAGUACCAGUACUCGAGAUGGGGAUUCGACACCUCGAGUUGAAGAAGUUGGAAAGGUUGCUGCUAGUCACACUGUCAACGUACCUAUCAUCAAGGAACCUCGUAUCCCUUCUCCUUCGUUCCCCUCUGCUUCCGAUGACUCUGCCCUUACCUUUGGCCGACGAUCAUUUGAGGAAUGCGUCGAGAUUUACGCAGGCGGCGUUGGCGCCAACAACCUUUCCGACGAGGAAAUUAUCUUGCUCGUCCAAAAGGGCAAGAUUGCACCGUACGGUCUUGAAAAAGCUUUGAAGAACCUCGAACGAGCUGUCCGAAUUCGACGAGCCGUCAUCUCCCGAUCCAGUCUCACCAAAUCUCUCGAAACGAGUUUGCUCCCUAUGGCAGACUAUGAUUACAAGCAAGUCAUUGGUGCAUGCUGCGAGAAUGUGAUUGGUUACCUUCCUCUUCCCGUCGGUAUCGCCGGUCCGCUCAACAUUGACGGUCAACUCUUGCAUAUCCCCAUGGCGACCACCGAAGGUACUCUUGUCGCUUCUACCUCGCGAGGGUGUAAAGCCCUCAACGCCGGUGGCGGCGUCACAACCGUCCUCACUCACGACGCCAUGACCCGCGGUCCAGCUAUCGAUUUCCCCAACAUUGUCCAAGCUGCCCAAGCACGUCUAUGGAUCGAUUCGCCCGACGGGUACGCCACCCUUAAAACUGCCUUUGAGUCCACCUCUCGAUUCGCCAAACUCCAAACCCUGGAAUGCGCCUUGGCAGGUCGGACGUUGUAUGUGAGGUUUGCGACCCAGACCGGUGACGCGAUGGGUAUGAACAUGAUCUCCAAGGGAGUCGAAAAAGCCCUCGAAGUCCUGCGCGGCCAUUUCCCCGAUAUGCACGUCCUCGCUCUUUCCGGAAACUAUUGUACCGACAAGAAACCGGCGGCGAUCAAUUGGAUCGAAGGGAGAGGUAAGAGUGUGGUCGCGGAAGCGGUGGUGCCCGGUCAUGUGGUGAAGACGGUGUUGAAGACGACUGUGAAGGAUUUGUGUAAUUUGAAUAUAAAGAAGAAUUUGAUUGGAAGUGCGAUGGCGGGAAGUAUAGGAGGAUUUAACGCUCACGCGGCGAAUAUCUUGACUGCCAUGUACCUCGCGUGCGGUCAAGAUCCGGCUCAGAACGUUGAAAGUUCCAACUGUAUGACUCUUAUGGAACCGAUCAACGACGGCGAAGACCUUCUCAUCUCAUGUUCCAUGCCCUCUGUUGAAGUCGGCACCGUCGGCGGCGGUACCAUCCUUUCCCCCCAACGCGCCAUGCUCGACAUGCUCGGCGUCGCUGGUGCCCAUGCCACUUCGCCAGGUGCAAACGCUCAACGUCUCGCCCGAAUCAUCGUCGCAGCCGUCAUGGCCGGUGAACUGAGUUUGAUGAGUGCGCUCGCUGCGGGUCAUUUGAUUCAGGCGCAUAUGAAGCAUAACAGGAGUACGCCUGCGACGCCGGGGGCGGUGACGCCGUUUGGAGGGAUAACACCGUUGAGGGAGAGUGUGUUGAUUAAUGGUCCGGGGGCGAAGUGAAGUGAUUCUGGCGAGCCUGCAUAACGAACCAGCGAGUGGGGAGUGAAUGAAUGGUUGAGUAAAGGGAACGAGUAGCGAAGGGGUGUCGUGUGUGGGCAAGAGGGAAAGACAUAUUCCCCUUGCGUUCUUUUUGAUCCUCGGUACAUGUCUAGGAGGUUCUUGUCUUUUAUCUGCAUUAGCAUCUCAUCUUCCGAUAAUAACUUGAUACCCCUUCAGAAAAGUAAAAUAACCAGUUUUAGUUUGUCUAGUCCAUUCGUCUAUAGGUCACAAGUCAUGGGUCGUAGGUCGUAGGCCAUAGGGCAUAAAGCAUAUUUCUUGCCAACGAUGUAAUGCAAAAAUCAUCAUUUGUAUAUUCAUUAGUCCCAUAUGCAUUCAUGCUUUUCG